CUCACGAUAGUUAUUAUUUAUUUUUGAUUUAGGAAACUACCCAAUUUUAUGUAUCUUUGUGUUAAUUUUAGGACGACGCUAGUAUUUGGUGGUUUGACGUUUUCUUAUUUAACAGUCACUUUUAUAUUAUUGAAAACAGCGCUGCAUACUAUAUUUGAAUACAGAGUAAAAUUAGUAUUUAGGGAACAACUUGUAGUAGCUGCUCUGAUACUAUCUUGUAUGUUACUUAGCAUGAUUUAUGCAACAAAUGGCGGCAUAGCGCUGUUGGAGAGUGUGAAUGCCGUUAUGACAGGAAUUGGGACGCCGUUUGUAAUACUUCUAGAACUAAUCAGUUUGUUGUACGUGUAUCGAAGCCAUGACUUCCAAUCUGACAUGAAUGUGGCCACGGAGGAAAAUGCUUGUUCGUCGCGUAUAGGAAUACAGUGGCAAACUGUCCCUUUUAUAGCAGUGGUCACUAUUGUUAUAAAACUGACAAGGUUGUCGAAAGCAGAAAUACCCUCUCAAUAUAUGAGUCUAGCAGCCGUUCCAAUAGUGUUCUUGAUAUUAGCCGUACCGCUGCGCGCAGCUCACAACGGUUAUACGUUCCUGCACCAACCACGAGUUGGCUGACUUAUCUUAUUAAUAUAAU